AAAAGAAGAGAGAUACAGAUAGAGUGAGAACAGGACUGACUGAUCCUUUCUUUUCGUUCAUUUUCUUUCAAGGAUUUUACCUGUAAUGGCUACUCGAAGGAUCACAUCACUAUUGUCUCGCUCAUUUUUGGCUAAUUCUUCAAUACGUUCAUCAGCAGGCAACAAUUCAAGGUGGGAAAGAAGCAUUUCAAGGUUUAGCACUAGUGCUGCUACUGAAGAGCCCAUCACUCCAAAUGUUGAAAUAAAACAUACAAAGCUUUUGAUCAAUGGACAAUUUGUCGAUUCUGCAUCUGGAAAAACUUUCCCAACCUUGGAUCCAAGAACAGGAGAAGUUAUCGCAAAUGUUUCUGAAGCUUCGGUCGAGGAUUUGGACCGUGCAGUUGCAGCUGCUCGUAAAGCUUUUGAUGAGGGACCAUGGCCAAAAAUGACAGCAUAUGAACGAUCGAAGAUACUGUACCGUUUUGCCGAUUUGAUCGAGAAGUGUAAUGAUGAAAUUGCAACGCUCGAGACGUGGGACAACGGAAAGCCUUUCGAACAAGCUGCACAAAUCGAAGUACCAAUGGUGGCACGUUUAUUUCGGUACUAUGCUGGUUGGGCUGAUAAGAUUCAUGGUCUAACCGUUCCUGCCGAUGGAGCAUAUCAUGUUCAAACCCUUCACGAGCCAAUAGGUGUUUGCGGGCAGAUUAUUCCAUGGAACUUUCCCCUUCUUAUGUAUGCUUGGAAGAUUGGACCUGCCUUAGCAACAGGAAAUGCUGUUGUCAUGAAACCCGCAGAAUUGACACCCUUAUCAGCUCUCUAUGUUUCAAACCUUCUCCAUGAAGCUGGGCUUCCUCCUGGUGUUGUAAAUAUCAUCACAGGAUUUGGAGCAACCGUUGGUGCAGGUCUUGCCAGUCACAUGGACGUCGACAAGGUUGCAUUCACUGGAUCGACUGCCACUGGGCAGACAAUACUUGAAUUGUCAGCAAAAAGCAAGCUACUUUGGAGCUCGGAGGAAAAUCUCCAUUUAUUGUACUGUUAA